AUGGUUCAUUUUUUUAAAAUUUUUUAUCCUGUUCAAAUUUUAGUCUUGGUUGACUCUCAGUUAGCACCUACAACUUGGUAUGAAGUUAACACUAAUGUAAACAGCCCAAAACUAAUACGAUAUAUUGCAAUCGAAAAAUUGUUUCCUCAAAAUAGAGUUAGACGCUCAGUUGUUAAUACUAAUGAUAGUUUUUUGGUUGUGAUUGGUGAAAACACAACUUGUGCUGCAAUAAAGACUAAAAUCCUCCCCUCAAUUUGUAAUGGACCUUUAAAGUCAGGAUUUGCUUAUAGGUAUUAUACAAGACUAAGAAAUUGGAAUGUAACAAUGUCUACUGUUCUUGGUGUUGAUGGAGAAGAAUAUUAUAACGUUUCGCUUUAAAGAUCGUAUUAGAAUCAAGUUUUGAAUAGCUGCACUGAAACAAGAUAAGUUUUUAUAAAAACAUUUUUUUAUUGUUAUUUUUAUAGUUUUUUAUUUUUUAACUAUUCUACCUUUUUAUUUUAGCUUUCCUACUGUUGACAUAUGGUUUUAAUUUAGUAAAUUUUUAUGUUUUUAAAUUUACUUUAUUGAUUAUAAGAUAACAGUUUAGAAAAAGAAAUUUAACACAAUUAGGGUAAGAAAUUAGCUUUUAACAUAACAAAACCUGGUUUUACUGUAAAUUCUUAUGCUAUUCUUAGUUUAAUUAUAUGUCAAAUGUUAAUAAUGAUAAUCUUUAUUAUUUCUUUCAACUAACUUUAUUUAAAAACUUUGGUAUAUAAAAUUCGCCGAAUGGUCACACACGAGCAGUGAACAGAGGAAAGAAACAUUAGAAUAAAGAAGAAUUAUUUAUCGAACGAAGCAUAUUUUGACAGUUGUCAAGACAAAAAUAAAGAUUAAUAGAGGAAAAUUUCAAAACAAGUAAGACAGACAACACAUCCAAGCAGUACUCACAAUAACAAUAACAAAAAAUU